AUGCCGCUGUGUUGUCGAAAUCUGGAUGAAACAGAAGAUGAGGAGCCGGUGACGGAUGACGAGGGCGGCCCUAUUCCAAUUGGAAGAGUCAAAGCUUUAGUUUCGAUGAUGACUCCACGUGAUCAUCGAGUUUCGCAAAAUCCAUCGUUUGUUGAGUUCGAUAUGGCACUGGAAGGAUUCGCCUGUCUUGUUAUUCCAUCACUGGCUCCACUUGCAGCUGAUCUUGGAGGAAUUGGGCACGGCGAACGAAUAUUCCCUCCAUUAAAUGGUUUAACUGUAAUGCUGUGGCUCUGCGUGGAACAGUUCAGCGAUAAGAAGGUCGAUCCUCAUCCAAUACGUUUGCUUACAAUAUAUCGCUCAUUCAGUUCGACCAAAAAAGAAGAUGGUCCGAAUCAAAAUUCUUCGCUCGUGUGUUUUUCAAUGCAGCUCAGUUCCAUCGACCAUUCACUUCUGAUUUGUACAGCGGAAAGCGACACUGCUGGCAAUGAUUUGGAGAAAGAGGGCAGUGUUAACGAUGAGGGUUUAAUUCGUAUUGCGCUAGCAGACACGUUGUGCACAGGCCAGUGGACACACAUUGCUGUCGUUCUGACACGAUCGGUGCUCAAGCACAGCCAGGCUACCGUUCACAUCAAUGGUCGUCCUGAAGGUUCUUAUAAGCUGCAUUAUAUCAACCAGAAUAUCGGUGCAGGAGCAACUCAUUUGUCGCAAGCGGCCAGCGUCUAUGCCGUUAUUGGCACCCCGCCAGCCUAUCGUUCACCCAGCAGACUGUGUUUUAAAAUCGCCACAUUCACAUUGCUCGAGGAGCCGCUCAGUACGGAAGCCAUUAAUCGUGUUUACAACAUGGAACCUCAUUAUAUUGGCAAUUUUCAAGAAGCAGUAGGCUUUGGAAUUUGA